AUGAAGGCUUGCCACGUCUUCUUCCUUUUGUUGUGCGCCGAGGCCAUCCAGGUUCGAAACUUUGCGUUUUUUUUUCAAUUGCCUUUUCAUGUACAAUGACCUGAAUCACGUUCUCAAAAUUGCUCAAUUCUCCCAACUUUAUUAUUGAGUUAAAUGUUCGCUUCUCGUGAGAUCUAAUGGAAGCUGAUUUAUUUGAAUAUAAAAUAAUUUUUUCUUGUGCAAAAAAGGAUUAUUUUUUGCCACAAACUUCUUGGGUUGGCAAAGAACAGAGUUUUGUUGAGAACACAGGGUGACCACCCAACAAGUGAAACGGUGAUUCAAUUUCCCGAAAAUUUCCGAAAAAUUGUAAACCUCUUUCCCAUGUUUGUUCUCUGCUCUUUUAAUGUUAGAAAGCCUGAGAAAAGUUUCUCAAUUUUUUUAAGAAUCUUUUUUUGCGGUCGUCGCUAAAAUUAAAUUCCUUUUCCGAGAAAGUUGUAGUCUUUCCAGUCAAUCAUCGCUGUUCGAACCUUUCCAAAGAAAGACAAACUAUCAGAAGAACUUUGGUGGGCGCUUAUACUCGAAAAAAAAGCUGCAGGAAGAAGAUCCAGAUGCGAAUGAACAUCUGGAACCAAGUUAUGGCAUUUCAAAACUCUGCUCAACGACUAGAAUAAACUGUCCUUUUUCAAACCUCGUAAAUAUCUAGCGGGUUUUUUUUGUUCAUUUUGUCAGCAGUGGAGUCUUUUACUCGUUUCCUGGCUUUUCUAUUGCCAUCAACUUUUUCAAAGUUUCUCUGUCCUUUCGAACCGCCGCAUCUUCACUAAGCCUUGAGAGGCUCUGAAUUUUUUUCAAGUUCAAAAUCGUCAACAAGGCCAUGUUCUGUUCAACUUUUUUUUUGCUGUAGUGUUCAAAGACUCAUUUGUCAGGUAUCUAGACGAAGAGACCGAAAAUUAGGCUUUGAACCCUAUCAGGAACCUUUUCCUUCUACUGGCCUUGAAUGGAAUUUCAAACAGGCAUUUGUAUUCUGCUUGAUAUAUGUUUUUGAAACUUGAACUAUUUACUUCUUUUUUUCGUAUUUUAAAAUUCUUUAAAAUUAAACUAUGAGAUUGACCGAAGAGGAUUCUCAGGGUUUUUUCAUCUUUUUAAAAUUUUACUUUAUUCGCGCAUUUCAAUAGAUUAUCUCUGUACAAAAGUUCUUCAUUGAAUCGGCAACAAAAACUAUUUUCGAAGCGAAAAUUGUGAGUUUCAAUCAAAAAGGGAGUAUUCAUUUCAAAAAUCUUUCAAUGAGGCAGUGCGGCUUGAGAUAGGAAAUCUUUUUGAAGCGGUUUUCGAGAGAAAGUUACAAAAGAAGUAUAGGCAAGAGCGAAGCGACGAAAAUGUCCGGAGAAUUCGUGGCCGGAGAGCAAGAUUCUCAGCACCAUAAUGGCCAACUACACGCGAGCCCUGCCCGAUGCCGAGGACAGCGUUCAGGUCAACGUCGAGAUCCAUGUCCAGGUUUUCCUUUCGAGAUUGUUUCUUGUUUAGCUGGGGAAGAAGGUUUUCACCUGACCCAUUUUUUUUAUUUUGAAUACUGGACUUGAGUUUUAAGGAUCCUUGUACUCUUGGGGUCUAUCAAAAAACGUUCCUCUGGGAUUCUCGCCCUUUUUCGGGCAGUUUUUUUGUUUUAAUAAAAGAACGUCAACAAAACUUCGUAAUUUGUUAUCUCGGAUUGGAAGAUUGGCGUCUCUAAAUCAUCAAUGAUUUUUCUUCAAUCAUCAUUUUUGAACGUAAUACAAUUUCAUGCCUUUUAAAAAAAAAAUACAAAAAAGAGGCUUUUUUCAUGGAGUUUGAAGACGGAGUAAAGAGUCGGAAUAAACGAAGAUUUCUCGAAACUCUCUUGCAACUACUGCGUGAAAGCCAUUUUGUACAUGGACCGAAACUUGCUCGUUUGAGAAUGUGGGGAUGAGACUUCAGCCACCGGAUGAGCUCUUUUUGCCGCUUCCGCACAUUUCAUAAUUUCUCUUUUUGCCGCCAACUCUCUCAAAUAUUCCAACGCCUUUCCAAAAUCUAAAAGAGUACGGACGUCGGCCAAAAUAUCAAUUCUCUCAACGUGUUGUUGAUUUCGCACAUUGAAUAUCAAAAGCGAUUAGCAAACCACCCGCCAACUUAAUAUCAAUAGUAACCCAUUCGUUUUUUUCUCAAAAUAAAAGGUAGCGGUGAACGAAAAUAAUUCAUGAAGGUUAAGCUCUCUGUGUGUGAUAUUUGAAAAAAAAAAAACAAAUAAAUGCCUAUGAAAAGAGAAAGGAAAAAAGAGCUCGAAAAAGUCAAAGAUCGACGCGUCCAAUUACGAUUUUUCUGGUUGAUUAGCUUUGCUCACAGAGCGACGCACCAAAAAGAAGCUGUUGCAGGAUAUGGGGAGCCUGAACGAGAUCACGUCGGACUUCCAGAUAGACGUGCUGUUCACGCAGCUGUGGCACGACUCGGCCUUGUCUUUCGCCCAUCUUCCAGCCUGCAAAAGGCCUGUGGCGACGUCCUUUCCCACCUGAAAAUCCCUUUUCAGGAACAUCACGAUGGAAUCGCGUCUUCUGCCCAAGAUUUGGUCUCCCAACACUUGUCUCAUCAAUUCCAAACACACCUACACGCACUCCUCGCCAGGAGAAAACGUCAUGGUCAUUUUGUACGAGGUUCGUUUCAACAAAGUAUCUUCUGUAUAUUAAAGCCUUUCGAAGGGAAAGAUUUGGGAAAGAGGCAUAAACUUAUAUAAAAGUUACGAUACGGGGAGCCUUUUCAACGUUGAUUUUAUUUAUGAAGACUUUCAAAGUCCCUUUAUAUAUCAUCACCUUGAAAAUAGAACUAAUUGAAUAUGCUCAAUAAAAAAAUUUGAAUUAAAAUCGCUUUUACAGGAGGUCCGAUAUUUUUGAUAAUAAAAUCUUUGCCUUAAACGAGCGUGAAAAGCUUUGGAAUUUGACCUGUGGAGGUUUUUUUAAAUUUUCGGUUCAGACGAAAUGGUUUUUUCCCGUGUGCCUCAAAACAAAUUGUCUCAAAAUUUUUCGUCUUUAUGAAUCCUUUUCUCUGCUGGGCUGAUUUGAGUUUCGAAGCCUGGGAACCUCGAGCAAAUCCUUGUCUGAGAAAGCCACAGAAAGCCGCGGCCAAGUACUUGGACGUGCAAAUGUUUUCAAUAAUUUAUCAGACUUGUCCCUAGUUAUUCUAAAACUUGUGUGAAUGAAUAGACAAGACGCGCUGAUUUCCGAUGUGUGCGCACUUACCUAAAUUAACGUCGGCCGACGGCUUUCUGCAGCGUCUCGCCAGAUCUCAGAAACAUCCCUCGGAUGGCACCAAAAGGGUCUCACGGAACUUUAUCUAGACGUGUAGAAAAUGUUAAGACUUGUCAUUUUGAAGGAGAUGUUUGAGCGAUGAAAAUUUUCGAAAUGUUUUUGCGACAUUUUGAAGGGCACUCCUUCAUAAGGAAGUUCCUAUUGCAACAAGAACGUCAAACGCAUAAAUGCAGACAAGUGACGAGAAGCGAGCGACAGCUCAUCUAUUCUUUUUAUUCUCUCUUCGCAACUUCUCUUCUUCUGAAAUGCAAAAGCUGAAUCUUGGUCCAGUAUAAUACUAGUCCAACCAAUUGGUCAUCUCCAUUGGGGUUUUGGGUCAGAAGUUCAACUUUGUUUUCACUGCGAAAAAACUUUCAAUUUUUCAUAGCAUCCCGUUUUUUUAGGAUCCAAUUGAUAUCCAAGAGUUUACUAAAAAAAAAAGUGAUUCGAGCUUGUUUCAGAACGGAACAGUCUGGAUCAACCACCGUCUUUCGGUCAAGUCUCCGUGCAAUUUAGACUUGCGGCAGUUCCCUUUCGACGUCCAAUCUUGCAUCCUUGUCUUCGAGUCGUACAGCCACAACUCGGAAGAAGCGAGUUUACGUUUUUGUUUCGCAUUCGUAUCUUUCCAAGGGAGGUAGUUUUUGCUUCCAAUGUUAUAUGGAAAGUCGCUCAAAAACUCGUAUAUUUACUGGAUGAUUGACUUUAGAGGAAGGUCUGCCAAAAAAGGGAUGUACUCAUCAAAAAUUAAGAUCAAUCGAGAUCAAUCCGUCCCAUCAUGCUCCACAUUUCUCCCGAGCUUUCAUUGAGCUACUUGUUAGGUCGAGCUGCAAUGGAUGGAGGACGCUGUGACGCUAAUGAAGCCAAUCCAACUGCCCGACUUCGACAUGGUGCACUAUUCGACCAAAAAAGAGACGCUCUUCUACCCCAACGGGUACUGGGACCAGUUGCAGGUCUGACCGUGAAAUCUCUCUUUUUCAACCUUUUUUCUUGAAGGUGACGUUCACGUUCAAGCGCCGCUACGGCUUCUACAUCAUCCAGGCCUACGUGCCGACUUACCUGACCAUAAUUGUUUCUUGGGUCUCCUUCUGCAUGGAGCCGAAGGCGUUACCGGCCAGGACCACCGUCGGAAUCUCCUCGCUUCUUGCGCUCACUUUCCAAGCGAGUCUUUUUGAGUGGACUUUCUUUUUUUUUCAUCCUGUUCAAACUGAGGAAAUUUAUGAAAGAUAUUCACAAAACGGACACUUGAGAAUGAUGAAAUAGUUGAAAUAGCUUUUUUUUUGUUCGAUCAUUUGCCUACCUCUGCAAGUUUUGGGUUCAAUUUCUACCGUAUUCAGAAAAAAAAAUGAAAAAAAAAACCGAAGAAUGUUACAGUUUGGAAACAUUCUGAAGAACCUACCGAGAGUCUCUUACGUGAAAGCGAUGGACGUUUGGAUGCUCGGAUGCAUCAGUUUCGUCUUCGGGACCAUGGUUGAGCUCGCUUUCGUCUGCUACAUUUCCCGUUGCCAGAAUAGCGUGCGCAAGUAACGUUAACGUUACCUUUAAACGAUUGAUUUGACUCUCUCAGUGCUGAACGUAGAAGAGAAAGAUUGCGGUCUUCCCAGGUUUGGGCGAACGGAUCGUGCCGAAGUCGAGGCAACAACGGCUACGUCGGCAACGGUUUGAAUCCGUGAAUGGAAAAAGAAAUGCGUUUCGAGCUGUGCCAAAAUGACCAUAUGAGAUUCUUUCAAACUUUUUAGUUGUGACUAAUGAAAAAAUUGGAAUGAUUGAUUAGCUGAAUGCUUUUUGUAAAAUACAAAUUUUAGAUGUCACUGUAGUACUAGCGGUGAAUGAACUAGUACAUGACCUAAAAGAUUGAAAGACUGUUGGGAACAAUUAUAUCAGUUUCCGAUUGCAGGAUCCAUAAUUUCCCACUACACGCCAGCAGGCAACGGCCACCGCAACGACACGCCGAUGAUUGGACACAGACCUUCGCUUUCUCGAGGCCCUCCGUCGCCGCUCAACCUCCAGAUGACGACUUUCGAUUCGGAGAUCCCUCUUACCUUUGACCAGGUAGUCAAUUUUCAGGAUUUUCUGCUACAAAACUCCUAAUGACUUUAGCUGCCUGAAACUGACAGACCGCUUGUGGAGCAGGUAAAACCAAAUUAGAAACCAUGUAAUGGUGUUUUUUUUUGUCUUUACCUUUGUCCGAUGUUUAUUCCCAUCUUUGUCUGCUGAACGAGAUAGAAACGAGGAUGUUCGUCCAACAGCGUAUCCCGCAAAAGCUCACCAUUUUGAACUUCAAAAUGCAUUGUAAAGUAACAGAAUGUUCGAUCGAGAAUUUAAAAAUUUCCCAUGUGUAUGAAAACUUUCAUGAGGUAAAAGAAUGUUAAAAGAAUUAUAGAACGGGAACUUCUGCGGUUUGCACCAACAUCCUACGUUCCUCCAUAGUGACUACGAAAGAGAUCUGACCGUGUUCUCUUUUUUCAGUACUGCCGAUCGUCGUCGCCGCCUCCGCCGACUUCUGGAUGCCUGGCGCGCUUCCAUCCGGAGGCCAUCGACAAGUUCAGCAUCGUCGCCUUUCCUCUCGCCUUCACCAUGUUCAAUGUAAGGGUGAACCUUCGCUCCGACGCACGCCUUCUUUUCAGCUCGUUUAUUGGUGGCACUACCUGUCCCAGACUUUCGACCACAACUACCUCACGCCGCCUUCCCACUGA